AUGUCGAAUGUCGAAAAAAUUAAAAAGACCAAACUUUUACGAAGUAUCGAAAUAAAUCGUAUGAAUGAAUUAUUAGAGGUAGCAAACAAUUCUCUUGUUAAUACAACGUGUCAUGAAAAUUUUAUGCAACGCUACGAAAAUAUCCAAAUUAUCUACGACAAUUUUCAAAAAUUGCAUAACAACCUAUUCAGUUUGUAUUCAGACGCCGACGAGGUGUUCGAAGUAGAGGAUGCUAUAAGGAAAAAUUUUGAAGUCUCUUAUUAUUCAAUUAAAAGCACUUAUCACCAAAUUUUUGGAAAUCAACCGCGCAGUAACAUCCUCGAGUCUGAACACACUGGCAGUGCUCCACGAGUAAAAUUGCCAGAACUCAAAUUAAUCACGUUCUCCGGCGAUAUUAAAAACUUUAAUACUUUUAUAGAUGUGUUUGACGCUUUAAUCCACAAUAACGCUCGCUUAUCUAGUAUCGAAAAAUUUUCACAUCUCUUAUCAGUAUUAGAAGGAACAGCAAAGAGUUUAAUGCAAUGUUAUCCGUUAACGUCUUCUAAUUAUACUGUGGCAUAUAACGCUUUAAGAACUAGGUUUUCCAAUAAAAGAAUUUUGUCUACCGCUCAUUGGAAUGAAAUAGAAGGGGCACCGCGUUUAAACGGAGAGACCCCGUCCGCAUUAAGAAAAUUAAUUGAUACUUUUAAUGAAAAUCUCGCCGCGCUUCAAAAUAUGGGCUAUCCAGUAGACCAGUGGUCUUUUAUCUUAGCACAAAUGUUGUUUAAAAGAUUGGACAUAAAUUUAGUAACGCGCUUUGAAACGCAACACGGUUCUACAGAAAUGCCCUCUUUUAACGAGCUUAUGAAUUUUUUGAAAAAACAAUGCGUAGCUUACGAAUCUAUAACUGUUUCUACUCGCACUAAUAAAGUCAAAUCGGUUAAUGACUCUAAUGUUAACAAUUUCCAAAGUCGUCCUAAUAAAACAACCUUUUGUUAUAAUACAGUUACCAACAAACGCCCCUGCUUUUUUUGCAAAACUGAAGAACAUUUAAUAUAUAGAUGUCCGGUCUUUCAAAAUAAGACGCCUAAAGAAAGGUACUAUCUGUGUAAACAGAAUAAACUUUGUGUCAAUUGUUUGAGUAACCAUCCAUUUAAAUAUUGUAAGUCUACUUCUUCUUGCAAAUAUUGCAAUCGUAAGCAUCAUUCUUUGUUGCACGAUAAUAAUUUUAAUACUCAAUCGCCACCAUCUGAUAGAAAACCUCUAGAAACCGCUCAUAUUUCGAGUUCAACCAUCACCAACGAAGAACAGCCAUCUGCGGAAGUUUUAAGUUUGUGUUCAAUUUUACCGCAGCCAAAAGUCGCUCAAAAUACUUCAGUAGUUUUAUCAACCGCCAUUGUCAAUGUUAAAGACAAAUUUAAUAAUUUUCACAGCAUUCGCGUAUUAAUUGAUAGUGGUAGUCAGUCUAAUUUGUUAACUGCCAAAUGCUGUAAACGCUUGGGAUUGCAUGCAACUAAGGUGUGUUUUUCUUUAAAAGGAGUCGGUUCUAAUGCACUAAAGGUAUUGGGUCGCACCCAAAUAUUAUUUUUCCCACAUUUUACUAAAAAUGUCAGUUUUCACGCCGAAGUGCUAGUUGUUGAAAACAUUACUAAUUCGCUUCCAUCUUGUACUAUUGAUCAUGACGCUAUGCCGUUUUUAACCGAUUUACCUCUCGCUGACGAACAAUUUUAUAUUCCAAGAGAAAUCGACGGUAUCAUCGGAUCAGAAAUAUUUGGCCAAAUUAUUGGUAGCAAUAAGAUUUCCGAGUCGGGAUGUACAGCUCUGGAAACCAGUCUUGGGUAUAUUCUAGUAGGUACAGCUCCGGUGGUACAACCCUUACAAUAUGCGCAAACUUUCUGUGUUUUUGAAAAUACACCUUCAGAAACGAUGAUCAAAAGAUUUUUUGAAUUAGAAGAUAUUAAUUUUGGAAACCCGCUUAGUUCAGAAGAAGAAAAAUGUGAAAACAUUUAUCAUAAACUUACUUACCGUUCAGAAUCCGGACGAUAUGUCGUCUCAUUACCGUUUAAGCAUUAUCCGUGCGAACCUACAUUUGUAAAUUCAAAAAUACCGGCUUUGAGACGAUUUUUUUCUCUAGAAAAACGUCUUAUGAACAAUAUUGAACUUAAAAAGCAAUACUGCAAUUUUAUGCGCGAUUAUUUAAAUAAUAAUUUUAUGGAAUUAGCCGCUACUAAAAAUGAUAACGCAUUCUUUCUUCCACAUCAUUGUGUUUUAAAACCUCAAUCAACUACUACUAAAAUCAGAGUAGUCUUUGACGCCUCAACAAAAGAUUCAAACAACAUUUCGCUUAAUGAUACGCUUUUAAUAGGAUCGAAACUUCAAAAAGAUAUUUCCAAAUAA